AUGAAGGACCUGCUGUGGGUUCUUUCUCUGAGCCUUUUGUGUCUGCAUGGUUGCAGGAGUGAUAAGGCGAAUGGACAAGAGGACUUCAUGCUUCUUGCAGGCCCUUUGAUGAGGCAGUUGACCAAAGAUUCGGACAGUGGGGUCAAUGACGCCUUUGACUGUACUCAACCCUUACCUUCAGGCUCUAGAAGUUACUUUGAAUAUGUGCGGAGCAGGGGGGCAAACCACUUCAAAGUGCCUCUGUCAUGGGCUCAUCUCCUUCCUACAGGCCAGUCCAGCCAGCCACAACAAGCUGUAUUAUCCUGCUAUCGUAUCCUGCUGAAACAGCUAAUAGACGUGGGCCUUCAGCCUCUGGUUGUCCUUCAUGGAUCAGCAGUACCAGAAGUCUUACAAACCAUGUAUGGAGGCUGGGAAAGUCCUGCACUGUUACAGAUGUUUGAGCAGUAUGCAGAGUUUGCUUUCCGAGAGUUUGGAGACUUGGCAAACUCUUGGAUGACACUGAGCCACCUGGAUGAUAUCUGGCAUGAGCAGCAGCAUGCAGGCUCUCCCAGUCCACUCCAGAGUAUCCUCCAGCUCAACAGGAAUAUUUACCAGCUUUAUCAUCACCUGUUUCCUGAUAAAGGGACACGUCUGUCAGUUGGGCUGAGAGCUGGUGACGUUGCUUUCCUUUCCCAGAUCAAAGUUUCAACUACAAUGGAUUUCUUGUCAGUGGAAAUUGAGUAUAACUGUGCCUCUAAAUCAAACUUUGCAGAGGAGCUGAAAACCUUACAGACAUCCAGUGGAGGGGUUCCUAUCCUGAUAUACAAGAUGAAUAUACAGAGUUGUUCCUCCGAUCAGUUCCAGCCUCUUGGGAAUGUCUUGCAAGUUCUGAACAACAAUGACCUGGAUAUUGUGGGAUGUGACAUGGUUAAUAUGUUUGGUAAGAUAGGCAUGGCUGACUUUCCAAAAAGUAUCCCAUACUACACUGGAAAGACAGGCUUUAGAAACAGUUACCAGAGUGUGUGGGAUAAGUUUGGGACCCAGACAACAGCAGAGCGAGAUCAGUUUCUCAAUGAAUCAUUCCCGUCUGGCUUCCAGUGGGCCACAUCCAGUGAGUCCUUCAAAGUAGAAGGUGGCUGGUCAGAAGAUGGGAAGGGAGAGACCAUUUGGGACCGUUUUGGCCAUAAAGGCCAAGUCCCUGGGAAUCAGACAGCUGAUCUAGCUUGUGACAGCUAUCACAAGGUGGAUUAUGAUGUCUACCUCCUUCGAGGUCUCCAUGUCAACACCUACCAGUUUUCCAUCUCCUGGGCCCGAAUUUUUCCCUUUGGCCACCAGGGGAGCCAUUCUGAGAAAGGGGCUCUUUACUAUGACCGGCUAAUCAAUGCUCUUUUAGAGUCUGGCAUACAACCAGUUAUCACAUUGUAUCACUGGGAUCUGCCUCAAGCACUCCAGGACUAUGGUGGAUGGACCAACGCGACCAUUGUUGCAGCCUUCAAGGACUAUGCAGACUUCUGCUUCUCCAGGUUUGGAGACAGGGUCAAGAGCUGGAACACUUUCAGUAGCCCCUGGGUGGUGAGCCAUGCUGGGUAUGGAACUGGUGAGCAUCCCCCUGGGAUGAAGGACUAUGUGGUUGCCUCCUAUCAGGCCACACACAAUAUACUGAAGUCCCAUGCUGAGGCCUGGCAUGUCUACAAUGAUAAACACAGGAAGAAGCAGGGAGGAAAAGUUGGCAUUGCCCUGAACUCAGACUGGGCUGAACCCAUGGUUGCCUCCAAACCUGCAGAUGUCACAGCCGCAGAUCGCUACCUGCAGUUUAUGUUGGGCUGGUUUGCUCAUCCCAUAUUUGUAGAUGGGGAUUACCCUGCAUUGCUUAAGACUCAGAUUGAGCAGAAAAGAAAUAGGUGUCCCUUCUCUGAGCCUGCUAGACUUCCAUCCUUCACUGCUGAAGAGAAACAGCGGAUUCGUGGCACAGCUGACUUUUUAGGAUUGAACCACUAUACCUCCCGUUUGGUCAAAAACAGUUUUGGUGGCUGCAUCCCUGGGCCUCAAGGGGUGGGUGACUUCCAGGCUCAUGUUGACCCUUCAUGGUCCUCCACAGCCUCAGAUUGGAUCUAUUCUGCGCCUUGGGGCCUUCGAAGACUUCUCAACUACAUCUCUGCAGAGUAUCUGAAUGUUACUAAAGUUCCCAUUCACAUAACUGGAAAUGGAAUGCCCAUAAAAUACAUAGGGAACACCCUAAAUGACAAGAGUCGAAUCCAAUACAUGAGGAGUUACAUCAACGAAGCAUUGAAAGCAAUACACUUGGACGGAGUUGAUGUGCAGCGAUUUACAGUGCAGUCACUUAUGGAUGGCUUUGAGGGAAAUCAUGGUUACACUCAAAGGUUUGGCCUACACCAUGUCAACUUUGCAGAUGCUGACAGACCAAGAACACCAAAGCAAUCUGUGUAUUUCUACUCUGAGGUUAUCAAGCGUAAUGGAUUUAGUUCAAAAAAUGUUGCUGUCUUUAAAGGGGUAGAGUUGCAACUGACCAGGUAUUCACCUGCUUUACCACCCUCUGAAGUUCCAUCUAAAUCCAUGGUUGUCUGGGAGAAAUUCUCAAACCAAUCCAUGUUUGAGAAGAAACUGUACCAUUAUGGUACCUUCCCUGGCAGUUUCCUUUGGGGAGUGUCAUCUUCAGCUUAUCAAAUUGAGGGUGGCUGGAAUAUUGAUGGAAAAGGACCCAGUAUCUGGGAUAAAUUCACCCAGAAACCUGGCAAUAUUCCUGGUAGUGCUAAUGGAAAUGUAGCCUGUGACAGCUACAAUAGACUGGAGGAAGACCUGUACAUGCUUCGAGCUCUGAGGGUGAAGUCCUACAGAUUCUCUCUAUCCUGGUCCAGGAUCUUCCCUGAUGGUCUGAGAACUUCCUUGAACCAAAAAGGUGUUGACUACUACAAUAGGCUCAUUGAUAAUCUCCUUGCAUAUAACAUCACACCCAUGGUGACGCUCUACCAUUGGGACCUUCCUCAAGCUUUGCAAAACAUCAAUGGCUGGGACAACAUUACAAUUAUUGACAUCUUCAAUGACUUUUGUGACUUUUGCUUCGCCACCUUUGGGAAUAGAGUCAAGUUUUGGAUGACCUUCAACCAGCCUCACACAAUUGCAUGGUCAGGAUACGGACUUGGGCAGAUCCCACCAAAUGUUAAGAUGCCAGGGGAUGCACCAUACAGAGUUGCUCACAACCUCUUAAAAGCACAUGCCAAAGCUUAUCAUACAUAUGAUGAGAAAUACCGCAAAUCCCAAGGUGGUCUGGUAUCCAUUGCCCUCAAUGCUGAUUGGAUUGAACCCACAGAUGUCAAUGUUCCUCGUGAAGUGGUGGCAGCAGACCGUGCCCUGCAGUUCCAAAUUGGUUGGUUCGCACAUCCUAUUUUCAAAAACGGAGACUAUCCAGAUGCAAUGAAGUGGCAAGUUGGAAACAAAAGUGAACUCCAAGGUCUUUCAGAGUCAAGACUUCCUGCUUUCACAGAAGAGGAAAAGGCCUUCAUCAGGGGGACUGCUGAUGUCUUCUGCAUAAAUCAUUACACUACAAAGAUAGUAAGCCAUAUCACAGCACGGCUUAGCCCUCAGUCCUAUGAACAUGACCAGGACCUAUCAGAGGCAGAGGAGGUAGAUUCACCAACCACUGCCAUCAGUAAACAGAGAGCAGUGGCAUGGGGCUUGAGAAGGCUUCUCAACUGGAUCAAGGAGGAAUAUGGUGAUCCAGAGAUUUACAUUACAGAGAAUGGAGUUUCUACAGACAAAGAAACCACUUUUGAUGACACUGCAAGAGUAUUCUACUACAAGACAUAUAUUGAUGAGGUUCUGAAAGCUUAUGACCUGGAUGGUGUAAAGGUGCAAGGAUAUAUAGCAACAUCUCUCAUGGACUCUUUUGAGUGGCUCAAUGGGUACACAGUAGGAUUUGGGUUUCAUCGUGUGGAUUUUACUAACCCAAACCGACCAAGAACACCCAAAUACUCAGCUCACUACUACUACCAAGUCAUAAAAGACAAUGGCUUUCCUCUGCCAGAUGAUGAGAGGGUACUGUAUGGACAUUUUCGCAAGAACUUUAUCUGGAGCACAGCAACAGCAUCAUACCAGAUUGAAGGAGGCUGGAGGGCAGAUGGAAAGGGUCUCAGUAUUUGGGACAAGUUUGCUCACACUCCCCUCCGAGUGUUCAACGACGACAAUGGAGACAUAGCCUGUGACAGUUACAACAAGGUCGAAGAAGAUGUUGCUAUGUUGAAGCAACUUAAAGUGACUCACUAUCGUUUCUCCAUAUCAUGGCCUAGAGUGCUUCCCGAUGGCACUAACAAACAUAUCAAUGAGGCGGGACUCAGCUACUAUCACAGACUGGUGGAUGCACUGCUUGCUGCAAACAUUCAACCUCAUAUUACUCUUUACCACUGGGACCUUCCACAAGCUCUCCAGGAUGUCGGGGGUUGGGAGAACGAUACUAUCAUUGACAGAUUCAGGGAUUAUGCUGAUCUCAUCUUUAGCCGUUUUGGCCACAAAGUGAAAUUCUGGAUCACCAUUAAUGAGCCCUACAAUAUAGCCAAUGUGGGCCAUGGCUAUGGAGCAGCUGCACCAGGGAUCAGUUUUAGACCAGGCACUCUUCCAUACAUUGUGGGUCACAACCUGAUCAAGGCCCAUGCUGAAGCCUGGCAUCUCUAUAAUGGCAAGUACAGAGCAGAACAGAAAGGAUUAAUCUCCAUCACUAUCAACUCUGACUGGUCUGAGCCAAGAAAUCCAUAUAAGCAGGAGGACAUUGAUGCUGCAAGACGCGUGGUGCAGUUCUAUAUUGGCUGGUUUGCCCAUCCUAUAUACAAUGGAGAUUACAGCAACAUGAUGAAGACAAUCAUUCGCGAGCGAAGCUUAGCUGCUGGUUUGCCAAAAUCCAGGCUGCCUGAGUUCACCCCUGAGGAGAUUAAGAGGAUUAAAGGUACCUAUGACUACUUUGGAUUCAACCACUAUACCACUGUCCUGGCAUUCCCAGUGGACUACAAAAACCUACAGCACUACGAUGCAGAUAGGGGUGCAGGAACAAUCGCUGAUCGUACCUGGCUGGACUCGGGCUCCUCCUGGCUGAAGGUGUCACCGUUUGGAUUCCGGAGAAUUCUUAAUUUCAUUAAGGAAGAGUAUGGAAACCCACCUAUUAUCAUCACAGAGAAUGGGAUGUCAGAGCGGGGGCCAAUAGACCUGAAUGACGUCCACAGGAGCCACUACUAUGAAAAAUACAUCAACCAGGUGCUUAAAGCUUACUUAUUGGAUGGUGUCGAUAUUCGUGGAUACACGGCUUGGUCACUGAUGGACAAUCUGGAGUGGGCCACUGGGUUUUCAGAGAGAUUUGGCCUUUUCUAUGUAAAUCGCUCAGACCCUAAACUUCCCCGCUUGGCCAAGAACUCUGUUGCGUCCUACUCCACCAUCAUCAAAUGCAAUGGAUUCCCAGACCCUGCCUCAGGACCGCAUGAGUGUUUGAACCCUGAGCCUGAAGGAACGAGCGCACCAACCAUCUCGCCCUCCUCUGAUGAAGUGAGCUUCCUUGGCAUGAAUCUGUCUCCCAGCCAAGCCGAGAGGGGCCUUUACAGCACAUUCUUUCUGCUCAUUCUUACAAUCUUGGGGGUUAUUUGUGCAUCCUUCUGUUUCUUUAAGGCAAAACAGAAUUACAGGGACAUAUCCCCUAUAGAAGCUAUAUAUAUGGAGAAGAAAUUCUAA